AUGAUUGGCUCGACAGCCGCGAGCGACGUUCUCCUGCGGCUGCUGCUGCUGCUGAGCAGCGAAUCGCACUGCUCUAGCACUGUCUGCGCUUGUGAACCUGUCGGAGGACGAGGAGCCGGCGGCUCUGACGCACGCGGACGCGGUGCGGCUCGCAGCGCAGGUGGUCCUGGACGCGGACGUCGUCGCGCUGCACGCGGCGCUGCUGUCCAACCUGACGCGCGUCGCGCCUUGCGUGGACGAAGCGGAGGGCGCGGACGGGUUUCGGGAGAGGGGCACGCUACUCGUGCUCGUGGAGAGGGUACCGAGUAUUCCGAAUGUGCUGCGGCUGUCGAAUGCGUGCGCGAGCCAGGAGGGGAGGGACGUCCUGUUGGUCGAGGGAAGGCAGGCGGAGAGACAGCUGUUGACGAGGUUGCUGAGAUUGCUGGAGGCGGGGGAGGCAGAGAAGAGGCUGGCGGGGGCGAGCUGGGUGCGGAACUGCGCGAUGGCGGACGAGUGCCAUGAUGUGUUGGUGGGGGUACGGCGGCGGUCGCAAUGUGCUUGGGGAGGUCAAAGGAGGUGGGACGGGAGGAGAUGGCGGAGAUUUGCGCCUGGUUGGUCGAGGAAGUGUUGUUGUUGUGUAAGAGCCGGGCGGGGAAGGACGCGCUCAGGGAUGGCGGGGCCGUCGACGUUCUGGAGGGAUGGAAGGGGGAAGAGCAUGCGCGCCGUAGUGGGCAUUCUGGAUCGGCGGGAGACACAGGUAAUCUCGAGGCAAAUACCGCAUCGAUGCACUUUUUGGUGGGAAGCCGUUUCGGUCGACCAAUAGAACGUGCACAACUGGAUUGUCAAGGGUAAUCAAACAGAGACUAUCCGAACCAAAUUCUUGAUAUUUGGUUCCGAUUUUUAGAUCGACACCAAAAAUUUAAUGAUUUGUGUCGUA